UAGGAAGCUUGACCGAAAGGAGAAUCUAGCCGUUUGCUAACCGAGGAAUUUGCCCGAAGAUACGCCAUAUUUCAAGUCUUCAGCUUGUUUUCAAGGAUUGACGUGUUACAGCGGACUUAAUAAAAUACAUAUUUUAAUGUUUAGCUUAAAACUUGAAUCUAUUUGAGAAGAAUUUGACGCGAAGUUAGCGGAAGCAGCUUGCUGUUUUGUAGGACGGUGACGAGGCAAGUCCACCCCGGCCCUAAGGGGAAGAGACCGAAGGACUUUCCUGUGGCUCAAAAUAACUGCUUCUCUGUGUUCUUGGGUUGUAAAUGUGAGUGUGAUUGAGUAAACAAAAUGUCUAAAACUCAGAUACUGAGAUCUUUAGUGAACCAGAGACUGUUCGCGGCAGCGGAAGAGAUUUUUGAGCUGUUUGAAAGAACCAUGAAAGAGUACGAGGAGCAACUUAGUCGAUCCAAAGAGGAAAACCUUCGACAAAAAAGGCUACUGGAAGCUGCUCUCGUCCCUGAAGUCCAGGAACCCAGACCAGCUGUCCAGCAGCUGGUUGUGAAAGAAGAGCUUUUCCCUGAGCAGCAGGAGAGGAGCUCAUGUCUGGUCCAGGAGGACCCACCAGAACCAGCACACGUUAAGGUGGAACAGGAGGAUCUAUGGAGCAGCCAGGAGAGAUGGCAGUUUCAAGGAGCAGAGGAGCCUGAUAUCAACAUGAUCCCACUCAGUUCUGUUCCUGUGAAGGGUGAAGCAGAGGAUGGAGAGAAACCUCAGACCUCACAGUUUCUUCAAAGACAAAGUGAAGAGAUAAGAAAUGAAGCUCACGGAGAGGAAUGUGGAGGAUCUGGAGCAGCAAGACACUUCAAUCCAGACAGCCUCUUAAAUUAUGCAACUCAUUACAAGACUCUGCAGCCUAUCGAGUCUGAGACUGAUGACAGUAACUGUGAGUGGGAUGACACCAGGGUACCUCAGCCAUGUUUUGACCCCCUACAAAACAAAGAAGCAUCUGUAAGUGCUAUGGAAUAUACUACAUCAGCAAAUACAUCAGCUAGCUCCUCUGAAUGUCCUCCAAGCUUGGGACAAAAUUCAGAACUGCCAGAGGACAAAGGAAUCCAAGCAGGAGAAAGACCAUGUAGUUGCUCAGUCUGUGGAAAAAGAUACACAAAUAAGAAACUUCUGCAAAUGCACGUGCGACGUCAUUCUUUAGUAAAACCUUAUAGCUGCCCAUUUUGUAAGAAACUUUUUAUCUAUAAAGCAGAGAUGAGUAAGCACAUCAGAGUCCACACAGGAGAGAAACCAUUCAGCUGUUCAGUUUGUGGUAAGGGUUUUUCACAGAGUGGAGAUCUUAAAUGCCACCUUCUUAUGCACACAGGAGAGAAACCAUUUGAAUGUAGCAUUUGUGGUAAAAAAUUCACAUGGAUUCAGUCUUUUAAAAGACACAUUGGUAUUUGUAAGGGCAGCAAAAACCUCAUGAUACCUUCAUAGGGGUGUACAAUAUUAAUGGCAUGAUACUGGUCUCCUUAGAUAUUAGCUAAAAAAGUCAAUUGACAGUAUUGGCAAAUGUGAAAAUUUCUGCCUAUAUUUACAACCAAUAUAUCUGCUGUAAAUCUUGGUCUAUACCAGCUUGAAUGAAUAAGUUUGUGGAGUUUUAAGCUGGGUCAACAGACCUACGUCAUCUGAUUUUUUUUUCUCUGUUCAUCUUCAUUCCUUACUGUUUAAAGUGUGUUUUAAGGAGUUAGAAUUGUUAAUUUGUUUAUUCUUAAACUUUAAAACUUGUUUUUCAGGACUGAAGUUUUAGGUCUGAAGAACACUUGAAUAUCAGCAUCAGCUAAAAUGAAAUUGUAAAUAUCAGCUUGUCAGAUAUUGGCAAAAAUCCAGUAUUGUAAACCCUAUACUUGAAUAUAUGAUAACCAAAUUUCAUUAAUUAUACUGUAAGGGAAAAUCCAGUAUUUUAUCUCUUAAAAUGUGGCUUGACUUUGCUCUAAUAAAACAGUACAUAUGAGAUUUCUGGGGCUCGUCUCCACACUGCACUCGGAUGCUACACAUUUUUAUCUAAAGAGUUAUUGAUUUCUAUGGUAUUUUUUAAAGUUCACAUACUCAUAUUGUAAUCACUUUGUAGAUGCAAUGCAUUAAUCUUUUUGCAACA